AUGGAAGACCAUGGCGGACCACCAGGAACGGUUUCCCCCAGAAGAAUCACCCUGGAGGCCAGUAGAUCUCGGUCAGCCGUUGGCGGAUACCCGCGGUUCGUGACUGAGCUGGCCCGGGCCGAAGUGAAAAUGCUAACCGAGAUCCUGCACCUAGACAACACAGCCGACAUUCCACCACCGCAUGAGCAGCGCAUUCGAGAGCUGAUCCAGAAUCUGCCCAAGCGCCUGCGUCGUGAAUGGCCUUUCCCUCGGGCAUGGCCUCACCCCAAGUCCACCACACACCUGUGCGAGCUACACCGGCCGCUGAACCAGUUUAUCGUGGCCGAUCUGCUGUUGCUCAUCCAGGAAGAGAUCACCACUCAUUUUCGCAAAUUCGACGCCGCUCCGCACCUCAUCAGCCCUAUCGAGGCGGAUAUACUGGCCAGUUUGCGGGCUUUGAAAGGGUUGUGGACUAAACCCCAGAUGAAUCACCCGGUUGCUCCCAAUGCAUGGCCUUUCCAGAUCAAUGGAUGCGCGGCCUGUAUCCUGGCGCGCAUCACCGCUGACAAGAACGCUGUGCGCAACUUGCGGGUGAUGUUGCAGAGCCGGACUCGAACUAGCAGGAGACAUCACCCGCGCAGACUCAUGGCAUUCAUCGACGAAUUCAUCAAUUGCUUUGGCGUUGACGCCGAUGAACUAUACAGUACCGCUAGCCAGCUGGCAUACGGCAUGAAGGACGCCCGGAAGGCUUGCACCAAAGUUUGGUACGAAGACCCCAAGCAUGAGCGUAAAAGUCAUCGAAAACAUGACCACAGGGCUUCCAGGACAUCGGAUGCGAAUCAGCGUCAAGACCAGGCCUCAGACAACUCGCAUGCUCACAAAACAGAAGGCGCAUCUCGCCCCAAACUAACCGAGCUGUCGAAAGAAGGUAUCCGGGACAUGGUCGCCAAGAUCCGAGUGUAUCGACCAACAUCAACCGACGUACUUGAGCAUCCCCCGACACCGACGUCGGGACUUCGCCGGGAUCGCCGUCUCUCGAGCUCGAGCAGUCGUCACCGGAAAAACAGCUACACCUCGAGGUAUACGGAUGACGAUCGUUAUCGGAGAUCGAGAGCUCCGAGCCCCGAACUGAGAUGUUUCACUCCCCAAAGUAUCCCCGAGCGGCCUGCGAACCCGGAACCGCCCAACACUAUCCCAAGCCCAGACCUGAAGCCAUCCGGGCCCAGCCCCGAGAGUGCCCGAAAUAGCGCGACAAAAGCGGGCCUCAACGGCCAGAUUAAUGAUGUGAUGGCAAUGUACCAGAGGAUCGGGAAAGGAAGCCCAUAUUCAAGUGACACAUUUGUGAGGCAGCCCUCGUCUGUCCACCAACACCGGAUGACCCAAGACAGGAUCAGGGGGUAUCACCAGUUUGUCUCGUCACCUCUGUCGCCUGAGUUGCAGGAAUGCGAGGACCCAAGUCUGAAGGAAAUGGAGGCGGCGGAAAUCCUGUUGGAGUACGCACUCUCGAGCUCCGGAGAGUCGAACAGUGAAUGGACCGACGAGGAGUGUGAGGACUGGGCUUUCGAGGGACCAGUCCGCAAAGACCCGUCUCCUGCGGUGACCACCUGGAGUCUGGUCUGUGACCAUGGAAAUGUCAUUUGA